AUGUAUCCUCGGUGGCUUCUGGCUGGUUGCGUAGUGCUUUUAGUUCAAGCUGAUGGGAAGCCAGGCUUACGUGCAGGAACUUCUUCGAGAUCCAAGCAGCCAGAUGUCCUAGAUCUCCCGCGGAACGACAGUGGCAUCCCGAGUCUCCAAGGAUGCUUGCAGAGGCUCUCGAGCGAGUACUACAGCACCUACCCAGUGGGCGCUCCUCGUGGAGCUCUACCGCUCCCGGCUCCGGGUGGAAGGCCAUGGCCCGUUCUGCCCAAGAGGAGGAUGCGAAUUGGCACGGGAGAGCUCACUUUGCAGGUGAGCUUCCGGCGACUCCAGAGGCCGAGGGCGCUCUAG